AUGGGAGAAAUCCCUCAGAAAUGCAUUGCCGGCGUGGUUGUAAAUGAGGGCCCCGACUUUCACAUAGAGGUCGUGGAAGUCCCUGUCCCCGAACCUGGCCCCUACGAAGUCUUGAUCAAGCUCAAUACAACUGGCUUGUGCAUGUCUGAUGUGCAUUAUAUGCUCAAUGACCUGGGCGUGCCACCCAUGUCACACUUCCAGACAAGAUCUCCUGGGCACGAGGGUGCGGGGGUGAUCGUGAAAGUUGGGUCGCAAGUAACCUCUCUCAAAGUCGGCCAACGCGCUGGGAUCAAGCCAACGUGGGACGUUUGUCAUGCAUGCGAGAGUUGUCGAAAUGGCCGGGAGAAUUACUGCAAAGGCAGUGUCUCCACGGGACUACAGAAGCCUGGCUCUUAUCAACAAUAUGUUGUCUCGCCGGAGCGGUACACGAUUCUUAUUCCAGAAGGCGUCAGCGACCAUGUCGCAGGACCAGUCAUGUGCUCAGCAUCCACCAUGCUCCAUUCUUUGAAGACGGCCAACCUGUCACCAGGACAAUGGGCCGUGUUCAUCGGGGGCGGGGGUGGUGUUGGACUGCAAGGCGUUCAGCUUGCAUAUGCUAUGGGUCUCCGGCCCAUCGUGGUCGACACCGGAGCGAAACGAGACGAGUUGAGUCGGAAGUACGGCGCCGAGCAUUUCGUCGACUUCAAAGAGACGAAGGACCCAGUGGCCGAUGUUCUUGCAUUGACUGAUGGCGGUGCCCAUGGUGUUUUUGUUACUGCCAUUCAGGCCUAUCCUUCCGCCAUGGGUUACCUUGGCGAUCGAGCAGGGGGGAAGCUGAUGUGUAUUGGCCUUGGGCCACCGAAACGGAACACCAUUACACUCGAUCCGACAGCCUCCAAUUUCAUGCUCCGCAACCAGUCAGUCACAAGUACAAUAGUCAGCUCGCUUGGUGAGAUUGCGCUGGCACUUGACUUUGCUAAGCGUGGAAAGCUUCAUCUCAAUCCAGAGAUUGUGGGAGUCUCACAGUGGAAUGAGUCGGUCCAGAGACUGAAAAACGGACAAGUCGCCGGGUAA